GUGCUUUGAGAAAGCUAAAAGAAGACAAACGGGGAAGCGGCGAGGUGGGAGGGGUGCCGCCGCCGGACGGGACUCUAAGAUGAAGUUAUGGGAUGUCGUGGCUGUCUGCCUGGUGCUGCUCCACACCGCGUCCGCCUUCCCGCUGCCCGCCGGUAAGAGGCCUCCCGAGGUGCCCGCCGAAGACCGCUCCCUCGGCCGCCGCCGCGCGCCCUUCGCGCUGAGCAGUGACUCAAAUAUGCCAGAGGAUUAUCCUGAUCAGUUUGACGACGUCAUGGAUUUUAUUCAAGCCACCAUCAGAAGACUGAAAAGGUCACCGGAGAAACAAAUGGCCGUGCCACCUAGAAGGGAGCGGAAUCGGCAGGCAGCGGCCGCGAACCCGGAGAAUUCCAGAGGGAAAGGUCGGCGAGGCCAGAGGGGCAGAAAUCGGGGUUGUGUCUUAACUGCGAUACAUUUAAACGUCACCGACCUGGGUUUGGGCUACGAAACCAAGGAGGAACUGAUUUUUAGAUACUGCAGCGGCUCCUGUGAUGCAGCGGAGACAAUGUACGACAAAAUAUUAAAAAACUUAUCCAAAAAUAGAAGGCUGGUGAGUGACAAAGUAGGGCAGGCAUGUUGCAGACCCAUCGCCUAUGAUGACGACCUGUCGUUUCUAGAUGACAACCUGGUUUACCAUAUUCUAAGAAAGCAUUCCGCUAAAAGGUGUGGAUGUAUCUGA